AUGGGGCCCCCGGGCAAUAGGGGAUCAUGGGGCCCCUGUGUCCUUGCCCAAACUCAAAAAAGCCUAUGAAAAAGGAUCCCUUAAGAGUGGAGACCAGCUCCUUCUCACCCCUGCCUACUGAGUUCAAAAGACUUCUCCAAGUCUCUAGAUCAAGGGGAGGUAUCAGGGAACCAGGGGCGGACUGACAACUCAUGGGGCCCCCGGGCAAUAGGGGAUCAUGGGGCCCCUGUGUCCUUGCCUAAACUCAAAAAAGCCUAUGAAAAAGGUACCAGGGUCAUCUCAUUGGGCCCCCUACUGACCCUGGGCCCUAAGGCAGUGCCCGAGUUUCCAAAUGGUCAGUCCGCCCCUGC